AUGGAUAAUUACACGGCAGCGCCCGAGGAUGACUACGAUGUUCUCAUCGAGGGGGAUCUGAAUCACAGCGUCACAGAGCAGUGUGAUCCCUAUCAGCCCAAGCUUCUCUCCGCCCAGCUGCUCCCGAAGCUCUAUCCCCUCGUGUUUGUGGUCUGUCUGCUGCUCAAUCUCCUGGUGCUGCACAUCCUGGUCAAACACAAAGGCCUGAGACGCCUGGACAACGUCUAUUUCCUGAACCUGGCCAUUUCCAACGUGCUGUUCUCACUGACCCUGCCCUUCUGGGCUCACUCGGCCUCACAUGGCUGGGCGUUGGGGGACCGCGAGUGUAUGCUGUUGGUGGGUGUCUACACCGUAGGUUUGUAUAGCGAGGCCUGUUUGAACAUGCUCCUGACAGUGCACCGGUACCUGGUGGUUCAUCAAGUGCAAUGCAUGUCCAGGUCCUCCAGGAAAGUGCCCUGGGGCUUCUUAACCAGUGUCCUGGUGUGGACGGUGGCUGUUCUGGUCACUCUGCCCGAGCACACGGUGGACAGGCCUCGGGUGCAAGGGUGGGAAGACAAGUGUUUGUACAGCAGGCCUACUUUUCUGCCAGCUGAUGAGACCUGGCAGUGGUUUCUGACCUUAGAGAUGAACAUCUUGGGGCUUCUGCUACCGCUGUUGGUGUUUCUGUACUGCCACGCGCAAGUGAGCCGCACACGGAGCUUCAGGGAGAAGAGGGGUGAUCUUUACAAGCUGACCUUGGCCACCACAGCCAUCUUCCUUCUGAUGUGGGCGCCCUAUAACAUCGCCCUUCUCCUGUCUACUUUCAAAGAGCAUUUCUCCCUGCAGGACUGCAAGAGCGCCUAUGGCCUGCACAGGGCGGUGCACAUUACGGAAAUCCUUGCCGCCACCCACUGCGGCAUCAAUCCGCUCCUCCAUGUGGUUUUUGACACGGCCUUCAGGAGACACCUGUACCACCUGCUCCACCUGCAGCCCAGGGCGCAAGUGAGACAGGCUUCUUCACAGGAACCACAGGAACCUUUCACUCGGGUAUGA